AGGCCCACCUUGGCUCAAGCAUUCCGGGGUCGAAAAGGAUGAUCCAUUGGAUUGCACUUCAGGUGUGGCUUUGGCACACUCCUUUCGCCUCCGAGGUGACUUUUGUACACCCGGACGAAUGCAAGGCCUCCCCAUGUUGCUUUAAGUACGUGCAAAAGGAGGAGCAGCACGCAGCACCGGUGGACCCCUCAGGGGGUGGAAGUGCCUGGUACUUCGCCUAUGCGGGGACGGAGAAGGCCAUCACCGACGUGGUGCCCAGCGAGUGGCGACAUCAGAGCGUGGAAGCCAUGCUGCAGAAUUGGUGCGUGGCCUGGCAGAUGGGUCCCAGUGGCGAAGCCACCAGCAGCUUGGAGGUCAUGAAGGACAAGACCUGCGCAAAGGGAACUGCCUAUCGGCUGAGUGAGGAAGGUGCCAGGCGAUAUACCGAAUUUUGGUUGGGUUCAGAAUCAUCUGAAUCUUUGGCUUCUCCUUUGGGCGUCACUGUGACAAUGAAGUCUGGGCAGAAAUUGAAUAGCACUUUGUUGGUGCCGUCCCUGCCUGUGCGCGACGACGGCUACUUCUCUCAGAUGUGGUUUGACGCUUGCGAGGAUGCCAACACUGCAACUGCGGCAGGAGCCAUCGAAUCAUGAUGCUCCUGUAGCAGAUGCACUCGUAGUAGCACUUACAUUAGGUUCAGAGCAAAUGGCGCAAACCUAUAGACUUGUUUGUGCCAUCUACUCUGACACUAAAGUCCUUCUCGGCAUCAUCAACCUUGUAGAGAAUCCCGAUGCCAUGCAAUGCCGCCUGGGGAAAUGACCUGGGCCAAAGUGGUUGUGCUAAGGGCGUCGAAUUCAAAGUUGACAAGU